AUGCUGCCUUCCUCGAGAGCUUUAUUAAGCCCGCUGCUGCUUCUAAUCAUCGCUGGAAGCACCGGUGCCUUCAGCUCCCGACAAGGAGAAUGCACGUUUCCGCCGAAAUGGGAAGGCACCUGGUUUCAGAGCGGAGUCAGGCAGCCGAUCGUCAUCUCCAGGAACGAGCUGUCCAGCAAGGGCAAGUGCCUGCACAACGAGGGCGACAAGUUCCUUCUGGUGGACCAAAAAUCCUGCUACCGUUGUGUCGUCAUUCACGAGAAGCACUCGAACGUUCUCCAGUACAAAGAAACCUAUUGUCACAGCAGAAAUUCCCUGUCGUCGUUGUGCUCGUACAUCACCGGAGAUGCUCUGCUCUACUCGAUGUUCCGGGAGGAGGCAACACCUGUGCCGUGCCCCUUUCGAGGACCCAUGACCUUUUCCUAUAACCGGGGUCACGGGACCUGCUCGGUGCCCGUCAGCAACGUCGACACCUGCACCGACGACAGCAGAUUGCUCUUCAGAUAUCAAGCGUGCCCCGACAUAUCUGCCUCCGAGAGCGCAGUUGAGGAGCUGGAAUGCCUGGCCACCUGGAAGGAGGGCAGCAGCCGUUACCUGGUCGGCCGUUUGCAUCACGGACACGCGUCCAGUAACGAAGAUCGAUACCGAUGCUUCGUCUACGAGAAGGCAGGCCAGACAGUGCAGGGUAAUCUGCACCGAGCUGCCAUGGGCAUAGGAGCCAUGGAUCACGAUGUCGGUUUACAGAGCGGACCGGUGCCCGAGGGUGCGGCCGAGAUCUACCGGGUGGCGCAGAGCGGAGAUGCCACUUGCAACGGACUGUUCAGCCCGAUGGAAGGAUCUCGAACUAUGACGCUGAUGAAAGUCUCGCCACCCGGCCAAUGCCGAUUUCCCAAUUGGUUGACCGGCCAUUCCAGCGGCGGGCAAACCUGGCAUACCCUCGACCUCACCAGGUCUUACACGUUCCAUCUACGGAACGCUUCCCUGCACGUAACCAGAUCGAACGGUAGUUCCUCGAGAUUCGAGAGCGGUGCCCUGGACGGCCAAUACGUUCCUGGACAGGAGGAUCAGGACGUGAAGAUCCUGUGCAACAGCAUCAAACAGAACAACAACGCGGUGCAGCUCAACAUGGAGAUGCUCGUCGCCCAUUUCACCGUUGGCUGUCGGAGCGGUUUCAUGUGCAUGAAGUUCUACCGAAGGGACGGCCACGUGAUAGAGGUGCAAACCGGAAGCGCCGUCUCGAGGCCGGAAGAAGCCUGCAGUCCGCCCCAUUUUCAACAGCACAACAUACCCUUCCUCACCUUAGUCACGAGUUCCCCGGAGCUACGUACGUGCCCGUACUUGGGCAAAUUUACGGUGACCGGGGUGAACCGGAACCAACGGAACAUCCGUGAAAGCCGGAGGAACCAACACCAGCAGGAGGGCGUCAGGCGUGACAGAGAAAAAGUUCGACACGCCCAGGAACGAACCCAGGAGGAUCGACGCGGCCGGAAGCUCGACUUCGACGUGGAGAAACGCCGGGCGAACAACGAGUACCUCGUUCACGAGCGGAUGGGCAGACGUGCCAGAUCGAAUCGCAACAACCGAAAUCAUCGCGAUCACAGCCUCGAGGAGGCCUCUUCUAAACGAACUCUGGACAUCGAGGAUCUUCUCCGCGAUCGUUCCAGGUCGAAAACAAGAAGAUCGGAGGAGCAGAGAUCGACGGAAGGUUCGGCUAGGUCUAAUAAACUGAGGAGAACGCACGAGUUGGAGAAACGUUCGGCCAAUGUCGCGAAGAAAUCGCGAAGAAGCCCGAAGAUUGAGGACUUCCGGGUGGACGCGGACGAUUUCGCGCGAAUCAGGCAAUUCUGGACGAUCGAUUUCGACGACCCGGACGGCUCGAGUAUCCUCGAGGUCCAGGAAGAUUAUUUCGGCGAUUACCCGGACACCGCGGACCUGCCGAAAAAGAGGUCAGGCAGGGAGGAGCGGAGGGAGGUGACGUCCAAGUAUCUGAGAACGAGGAGAGACGUCGAGGAGGUGGAUUCCGGCGACAGUUGGUCGGAGAGACGGGAGAAGAGGGAGGAGGACAUCUCUAGGUGCAGCUCAGAGGUCACCACUAUAACCAUCGGCUGCUCUACGGCGGAUCGAAUGGAAUUUCAGACGGAUUGCGUGGAAGACAACGCGAUUGCUUACUCCUGCCACGGUAGGUGGUUCGACGCGGAGGGCACGCAAUUCGUGAUCGCCACCCAAUUGGCGCCCGGCACGAGCUGGUCCAGCGAGAACAACAGGCCCCAGCCGUACAGGAACAGCCGUAGAUUGUGCUUCAUGUACAAAGAGAGCGACGGGGUUGUCAGUUUGACUGCCAGCGAGGUGGCCUGCCAGAGGAGGAUACCACCGCCCCCACCAAUGUUGGCCUUCAAUGCUACCAGUACCGGUCAAUGCAUGGAAGAGAACAGGGGCUACGUUGUUCGAUCGACGUACCCGAUGAUCGUCGUACUCACGGCGAUCGUCGCGAUAUACAGGUGA